AAAAUUACCAUUUGGAGCUCGACAAAGUUGCUAGAUUAAAAUACUUUUCCAGGCCCCCCGUAUCCUUUGUAUUUUCUGCUCCAGAUCGUGUUCUCUAGUCUGAAAUGCUUCACUUUUCUUAAUCUUCACUCAAUUACACCUUCCUUUCAUUUUCUUAAGCCGCUCUCUCUUCUUCAAUAAACCUCGUUAUACCUUCAAAAGGCUGUGGGAGAUAGACAUUUUUUAACCCAAAAACAAAAACCCAGAUCUUAAUUUUCUUUUACUUUGCCCUCCCAAAAUGAGCCAGAAGUCGCUGAUCUACGCCUUCGUCUCGCGGGGCACUGUGCUUCUUGCAGAGUACACCGAGUUCAGCGGCAACUUCAAUUCCAUUGCGUUUCAGUGCCUGCAGAAACUCCCGGCUUCCAACAAUAAGUUUACUUACAACUGCGAUGGUCACACGUUCAAUUAUCUUGUCGAUAAUGGUUUCACAUAUUGUGUAGUUGCAGAUGAAUCAGUCGGAAGACAAUUACCUAUUGCAUUCUUGGAGCGUGUCAAGGAUGACUUUGUUUCCAAAUAUGGAGGUGGAAAAGCUGCCACGGCUCAAGCUAAUAGCCUUAACAAGGAAUUUGGUUCAAAAUUGAAAGCUCAUAUGCAGUACUGUGUUGAUCAUCCGGAAGAUAUAAGCAAGCUUGCAAAGGUGAAAGCGCAGGUGUCUGAAGUAAAAGGUGUUAUGAUGGAGAAUAUUGAAAAGGUUUUAGAUAGAGGGGAAAAGAUUGAGGUGCUCGUGGAUAAGACCGAGAACCUUCAUCAUCAGGCACAAGACUUUCGUAAUUCUGGGACCCAAAUCCGGAGGAACAUGUGGCUGCAAAACAUGAAGAUCAAGCUGAUAGUUCUUGGGAUACUGAUUGCCUUGAUCCUCAUCAUAGUCCUUUCUGUUUGCCAUGGUUUCAACUGUGGAAAAUGAAUGACGUUCUCGAAGAUGCUUUGUUUGUUGCCGAAGCUUUUGCGAUAUGAUAUUGUGAGUUAUAAAAACAUUUAUAUGACAAAAUUUAUGAUCCUGAAAUUGUCUUAAUGAUAAAAUUUGCAUGUGAAUGAGACCUCAA